AUGGCAAAAAAGAUCGAGUUUAUUAUUUGCCAGUGCAAGCCAAAUGCUCAAGACAAACAUUUUGAGUGGUUCUCAAACUCCUUUUUCCGGGGUCCUGAUGGCCCCAGCCUUCGCGCUGAAACCAUACGCUACGUUCAAUAUUUCUUCAAGCCUGAUAUGCCUGCACAUGUUCUUGAAGCUCGUGGUCAUUUUCUCUAUUAUCUACUUACAAGUAUACCUCCCAAUUCCGAUGUCGAACAACAAUGGUGCAAGACUGUAGUUUGGUUUGACUGGCUAACAUAUGAUCCGCACACAUCUGUGCAGUUUAUCGAGCCUGUGAUGAGCAUGAUUCGAAUAGCACUAGCGAACUUACCGUCAAAGGCCACUGCUAUGCUGGAGUACGUCUGCAAGAGCGUCUCGCUUAUUUAUCCUGCUCGUACAGAACUGUUCAAGAAAGCUGCCAAUGAUGCUAUGCAAGCUGUACAUGAGUAUUAUCAGGGUGGUCUGCCUGCGCUUCUCGACAAUCCCCGCAUCGAGCGUAGCAUUCGAGAACUAGUACGUGAGACAUUCUCGGACUACUUUGCCCGAAAUGCUGCUGCUCCACCGCCGCUUAUCCCACCUCCAGUCUCGGCACCCCAGUUGACUGCUCCUCCACCGCAACCGCCAGUGACAAGGCCUCAGUCACUUCCCGCAACUACUACAGCGCCAGCUAAUUCCAACCACACAACAAGCAGUAGAGAGCGAGGUCGAUCUAAGGAUAAGGAGAAAAACAAGGAAAACGAGAAAGAUGAUAAGGAGCGGGUCAAGCAGAACAAGACACCUAGCCCACCGAAUGGCACCGUUAUUUCGCCAAAAGUCGAUGAGCCAGUGACAUUGCAGGCGAAAAAGAAGGAGCGAACAAAGGAAAUCGACGAGCUUGUGGAGCAGCUGCGAGACGAUUUCAAAACUACGAUGGUAACUUUG